AUGGCAGAUAACGGUGAAGGUUCGUCUUUGAACCUGCCUCGCUCAAUGCCUAUUUCCACCUCCUCCAUUCGUUCCACCUCUCCUCCGGCAGAUGUUGGAAACAGACAGGCCUCGAUUGCGCGACUUGCUUCCCCGGUACCUUCGUCAGCCUUAGGUACCUCUAUUCCAUCCCGUCAGGGUAUUCCCACCAGUCGACCUGUCCCCACGGAGGCAAAUACCUCCGAACAUAACUUCCGAUAUGUGGACGAUCCUUCCUCGCUGCCCGGUCCCGGUCAGUCCAUGAUUGCAUCCCAGUUGCAAGAAAGCCUCGGUCGCUCGCCCCCGAGAUUCGGUACCCCCUCGCGAAUGGCUGGUUCCCCCGCGUUACAUUCCACUCUCGACAACCGGCCGGUGGCAUCACAGUAUGGCUCGAUCGACACCAAGAACGACAAUGGCCCAGAUCCGAUCCCGUAUGAAGACCCAGAGGUUGUGAAGAGACAUCUCGUCCUCCCGCAGAACGGUGGGGGACAUCGCGAUACUGGCUCGGAGCUUGGGACCAGCUUCGGUGACGAUGAGUUCUCGAGUUUGCAGCUGCAGGGAGGUGAUAUCACCCGUCAGGUUUACCGCUGGGCGGAGGAUGCAGAUUCUGGACGCUUUGCUCGCAGCAAGAGUUUCAGUGUCAGUCGACCUGCCCCCGAGGCAGACACGGAAGAUAUCCACACGAUCCAGGUGCCAGGAGGAUUCCGGAGAGAUUUCCUGCGGAGAACCGCUGGAAGUCCCCACCGUGGAAGCCAAACUGGAUCAAAUUCAGGAGCACCACCAGCGCAGCCUCAGCUACCUACGACGAGCUUUUUGGAGUUCUUAACUCUCUACGGUCACUUUGCUGGUGAAGAACUAGAAGAGGACGAUGAGGUCUUGGGUCCAGACGAGUACUUUUCGUCCGAUGCCUAUGAUGAGAAUGAUGAGCGCAGAGAGUCUGGAGAAGAUGCGGCGCUGCUUCAGGGAGAUGGAGCUGGUCGCAGGAAGCGCAAGCAUAAGCAGCGCGCACCUGCGGGAAAUACUACCACCACUGGUGCUGUCAUGUUGCUGUUGAAAUCCUUUGUGGGUACUGGUAUUCUUUUCUUGCCUCGAGCCUUCUUGAAUGGAGGUAUGCUGUUCAGCUGCAUGGUGCUCCUUGGGGUUUCACUUUUGAGCUAUUACGCCUUUAUCCUGCUUGUCAACACGCGCAUGAAGAUCGAGGGCUCUUUUGGUGACAUUGGCGGCGUCCUGUUUGGAAAGCACAUGCGGCGCAUCAUUCUCGGAUCGAUUGUGUUGAGUCAGUUGGGAUUCGUCUCAGCAUACAUUGUUUUUGUCUCGCAGAAUAUGCAGGCAUUUGUACUGGCUGUGAGCAAGUGCGAAUCCUUCAUCGACAUCAAGUUCAUGGUGUUGAUGCAGCUGGUCAUCUUCCUGCCCCUCUCGUUGAUCCGCGAUAUCAGCAAGCUUGGAUUCACCGCUCUCAUCGCGGAUGUUUUCAUCCUUCUGGGUCUUUUAUACAUCUACUACUAUGAUGCUAGUACCCUGAUCGGUAAUGGAGGCAUCUCAGACAUCAUUUCCUUCAACCCGUCCACUUGGUCCAUGUUCAUCGGAACUGCCAUCUUCACCUACGAGGGUAUUGGCCUGAUCAUUCCGAUCCAGGAGUCAAUGAAGCAGCCGCAUCGAUUCCCCGGUGUGCUUGCCGGAGUUAUGGUCAUCAUCACGUUGAUCUUCCUGUCCGCAGGUGGACUGAGCUACGCAGCCUACGGAUCCUCCACAAAGACCGUCAUCCUUCUGAACUUGCCUCAGGAUGACAAAUUCGUCAACGUGGUUCAACUCCUGUACUCGCUCGCCAUCCUCCUCAGUACACCCCUGCAGCUCUUCCCCGCCAUUCGUAUCAUGGAGAACGAGCUCUUCACUCGCAGCGGCAAGUACAACCCGUAUAUCAAAUGGAAGAAGAACGCCUUCCGCUUCUUUCUGGUGGUUGUUUGUGCAGUUGUCGCCUGGUGUGGCGCCGACAACCUGGACAAGUUCGUUUCGCUGGUCGGAAGCUUUGCUUGUGUUCCUCUGAUCUACGUGUACCCGCCCCUUCUCCACCUCCGUGCUUGUGCCCAUUCCAGGCGCCAAGCAAUCGCCGACAUCACUCUCGCCACCUUUGGUGUCAUUUGCUGCAUAUUUACGACCGGCCUAACCAUUCAAAACUGGAUUAGUGGUGCCGAGACUCCCUCAAAUCCCGGAUACUGUGAUCCCCAGUGA